GCACCCAGCACGAGGGGAGGAGGGGGAGAGGGCGCGCAUCGAACGCGCCAGCGCGAAGAGGGAGCCUUUGCUUUCGGUAUGAGAGAUUCUCGAGCGCUCUAGAAGCGUCGAACGAGCUGCGUCACUGGGCGAAAAGCGAGGACAGAGACACGCGAGGAGAAGUGCUCGUGCUCGGCUUUUCUCUUCAUUCAAAUAAACAACCGGGGCGACGCCGACUUCACUGCAGAACCGUUCACAAAACAAUCCCAAAAUAGUAACCGAGAUGCAGCCAGCUACUGGAAAGUGGUAUGACAGAAGGGACUCAGUCUUUAUUGAGUUUUGUGUUGAAGACAGUAAAGAUGUCAAAGUUAAUUUUGAAAACUCAAAGCUUAGUUUCAGUUGUCUUGGAGGAGUAGAUAAUGUUAAAUAUCUAAACGAAGUUGACCUUUUUGAUGCAGUUGAUCCAAAUGUAUCCAAACACAAGCGUACUGACAGAUCUGUUUUGUGUUGUUUACGGAAAGCAGAAGCCGGCAAGUCGUGGCCUCGAGUCACAAAAGACAAGGCAAAGCUGAACUGGCUCAGUGUUGAUUUCAAUAACUGGAAAGACUGGGAAGAUGAUUCAGAUGAAGAAGCGUCCAGCUUUGAUCGCUUCUCAGAUAUGAUGAACAAUAUGGGAGGUGGUGAAGAUGAUUUGCCAGACGUUGAUGGAGCAGAGGAUGAGGAAUCGGCUGAUAGUGACGAUGAAAAAAUGCCAGAUCUGGAGUAAAGAAACACAGGAAUACUUAUACAGCUGGAAAGAAGAAUUAUCACAACUGUAAAGAAAAAAAAAAAAUAGAUUUGAGUUGGUAGCUGUACAAGACUGUUUGUUUUUUGCAUCUUUCAAAGCCAUUCUCACCCAGUAUAAAAGGCUUCACUGAGGGUUGAUGCGUACCAUUGUACUGGCCUGUCUUAACUCCAUGGACAGUGCUGUACUUACAUGUUUUGUUUAUGCAUGAAAUAUUACCAGACUUUUCAUAAUGUAUAGUUAUUUGUUUAAAAACAACACAAGCAAUGGCUAUGGUGAAAGGUGUGUUAAAAGGUUUGACAUGAAGUGUACAACAAAAAAAAAUAAACCAAUUGUUCUUUUUACUAUUCACUAUCACUUGGGUAAUAUAUUUAAAUUGUCUGGGGUUGUUCUGACAUCUGAUUUAUCAAAAACAAAAAAUAAAUUAACUAAAGGAUUUCACAAAUUUAUAGAAUCAAUUCAAUGGUUUGACGUUCCAGUAGCAUUCGUUCAUGGUGUUGUCUGAAAUUUUUCACAUCCUUUCGUCAUACAAGACAAAGGUCUUGGGUUGUUCAGGCACAGGCAAUCUUUUCUUAAGUGUUGUGAUAAAAUUGCAAAUAAAGGGAGUGACUUCCUUUUCCACAUUCUCUUAGUAAAUAUUUUAGUAUAUAGGAUUUAGGCAUUUUAAAUCCUGCUCUAGUAGGCUUUUUUGUAGUGGUGCCUGCUUUCAUAUCCAUCGCAAAUUGAUGGGUUUUUUUUUCCAGUUAAUUGGUUUUAAAUGCAACAUUAAGCAGAUAUAUAAAUAAAUUCAUAAAACAUGUUUAAAUAUUACAUCAGCUACUAUUGUACUAACCCCAACUACUGUAAGUAGUUACCAUGUAUUAAAUUGUGUUUUAUAUCACAGUGUAAAAGGAUGCAGUUACUUUGAGAGAAAUUGACAAUGCACAUUUCUUGCUUCCAACAAAAAAAAACAACAUUUUGAAGCUCAAUAAUGAAGCCUGUACAUUUGGUAUUUGUUUGACCCUCGGACCUACACAACUGUUUAAAGGAGUAACUACAGCUGUGUAUGUGUUGCUUCUGUCUCUUGAAAAAGUGAACUAUAUAUACAUUUAGAUGACCAAAUUGUAUUUGCACUGUCAGAAUACGAAUACAAGUGUGAUUAAAAAAAAAAAUACUAUUCUUAGUAUGUAUGUCAACCUGUCGGUUGAAGAACUUCAGUUUAUGUUGAAUGCAGUGGGUAUUUUUUUUUGAUGUCUACAUCUUUCUAAUAAACUGUCUGAGACUCACA